AUGGGUGUGCUGUUUCAUUUGGCCUUGAUAUUCCCGUUGCUGUGGCCAGCCAUCGCGGCGUAUGACAAUGGCCUCCCUAAUGGCACAUGUUUUGACACUGCCAUCCCUGAAAACCUCCGCAAGAACCUGACCACUCCUCAGGGAGAGUCGGUGCCGAUUACUUUCCUGUUGGCAGGAUGGAGUUCCGCCCAAGUCACCAGCUCCGUGAUUGAAAUCCUAUUGACAGAGGUCAUGGGGUACAACAUUGCUAUUGGCAAUCGACCACCAGCUUCAAGUGUGGAUUCCAUCUACUGCAUGCUGGGUUGUGCAACCUGGUGGAAUAACACUAAUCGUGGAUGUGAAACCAGGAAGAUCAUUCAUCAUGUGAUGGUUGAAAGCUGGUAUCUUGGCUUUCCCCAUGUCUUGGACUUGUUGGCUGAGAUGUACCAGGACGAGAUGCCGUUCAGCGCAGGUGACAUGGGAUAUCCGGGUACCGCUGGUGGAUAUCUUCCAGCGGCCCCCUUGACCCAAGCACUAAAUACCACAGGCGUUCCGUUUGAGUACUACAAGAACUGGGAUGCAGCUUGGUUCACGCCCUCGGACUACUUCGUGAAUCUGACGGCUGUUGACACAGCAGACUUCAUGAAAUGCAGCGAAACCACGAUGCACGACAACGUCACCGCAUAUACCUUCUUCAAAAUCAGCGGUGAUACUGACGGUGUCGUCAUCACUGAGGAAAAUGGAGUGAAGACGUACAAACUUCUUUGCCAGGACGAGUACUUUUGGCGCCCCAGCAGCUGCAGAAGUGACCCAAGCAAAUGCGUCGUGUUUGUGACUGGCGGGGAUGGUUGGGACAUUCCGCAUGCACCGCAGAGGGCAGCAGCAUAUAACAUGCCAUUCGCCAUUGGGGUGGCUGCUUCAUGGAGCAAGUACUUGGAAGUGCCUGGGAAGUACAAGUCGAUGUACUUCUACUGGUGGACCCCAGAUGAUUCCUUCAUUGAAAUGCAGCCCACCAAGCUGAUCUUGCCAACUUACGAUGCCUAUGCUUGGACCCUGAGCGAUUACACCACCGCUGCGGCAGAUAUAAAAACUGCAAAGAUCGUACCAAAAGAUUUGACUAUAAUGGCUCCUGAUGUGGUGAAGCUCCUGGCCGCCAGCUUGUUUGAUAGCGCGGCAGUGGACAGCAUGAUGCUCAACAUGAAAACCAACUCACUGACCCGGGAACAAGCUGCUUGUGCCUGGUUGAAAGGCAACGAUGUUCGGUGGAACAUGUGGAUUCCAGAUUCCACCAAGUGCGACCCUGGCUUUGGGCUUUACGAUGACGCCACGGAGGUCUUCACUGCCCAGCGAACCACAGCCACGACUUGCAGGGCUUGCCUUCCAGGGAUGCUUUCCAAGGCCUAUUCCGAUGAUUCCGGCCCCACCUACGUUUGCGAAGCUUGUCCUGCGGGCCAGCAACAGCUGGGAGCCGGCGAAAUGGCUUGUGAUCCUUGUCCUUUGGGCACGUCCAAGUUAAACCAGUCCCCAGAGGAGUGCGCGCUCUGUCCGGCAGGCCAAUACCAGGACGAGGAAGGAGCUUUUCAAUGCAAGAAGUGCCCGCCAGGAACAACGACCAUGAUUUUGGGAAUGAAGUCAAUUUCAGGAUGUGGUUGCAAGGCUGGCAGCAUCGAUGUCUCUGAUUUGAACUCUCCACUCCGGACUGCAGCCGAUUGCCAAGCCUGCACCGCCGGUCUUGACUGCCCCACCAUGUCGACAGUAGCAGCGCUCAAAGCUGGUGUGUCUCCCGUGGGUGAGGAGUUUACGCCCAUGGUCAUCGAAGGCUACUUCAGCACCGAGUCGAAACCGAUUGAGCUGUUCAAGUGCUCGAGCCCAGUCGAAUGCCCAGGCGGAAAGCCUGACACUUGUGGUGGAGAUCGCAUUGGGGUUCCUUGUGGCGAAUGUCCGGCUGCGACCUAUUGGGCCGGAUCGAAAUGCUCAGGAUGCACCGCAUGGUCUGCGAUUGGUUGGAUUUUGUGCAUUGCGCUCAUCUUCGCAGGCCUGGUGGGGGCUUACUACUUCUUGAACUCGGCUGUGACGGCAAAGGCUUCCACAUUGGUCAGCACGACAUGCGCAGUUGGCAUGAUGAUCAACAUGCUCCAAAGCCUGGGGAUCAUUGGAACGAUGACGGUGGGAUGGCCAGUGAGCCUCAAAGGCAUCUGGGGCUUCUUGCAGGUCUUUACCUUUGACAUUGACGGCUUUGCAUUUGCUUGCAUUGCCGGUGAAAACCCAGUGGCACGCUACAUUUUACUGGUCCUGUUCUUCCCAGCCGGGCUUCUUUGGUUGAGCCUCUGCGGCGUUGUUUCCAAAGUCAAAGCAAAAUGGGCUUGGGACACGACCAAACUUCGAAGUACCAUGGGCCAGUUCAUGCAGGACCUUGCCUUCACUUUAACUUACCAGUAGUACCCGCACGAGAUUUUCCUGUCGAGCUACUAUGGUCUUCAAGUGGUAGCCAGCGGUUUUGCCUGCAGCCCUGCGGCUUGGAAGUGCAGCCAACUAAGCAGCAAACAUUUCAUUGCAAAUCUUCAGAUGCUUCUGGGGUAGUCUUUCAGCUGCCCCGCAUAUCUACACGUUACGGCGUAGGCAAGGCAACAGUCUAUCGAAAAAAACGGCUUUGCAGUACUGUGACUUGCUUUGAGCAUGGUCAGUCAGCAUGACAUGCUGUGAUGCUUUGCAGAUCUUUGGAUUGUCAUGACUUUGUUGAAGAGAUUGAAAGAGUUCAUGUAUGAUGGAUGCAGUGCAUCCUGCGUUUGCGAGAUUUUCAAUUCGCAACAGCAACAAUUUAAAUUAACAAAUGCAAAAACUACUCGAGUUCGUGGAUUUGUCUUGAAUCUCUUUCUCCACCCCAGGGACAUCAUUCAGAGACCAAAGGCUUUAGUAACUUGGAGGACUCGUGAUUCAAGGUGGGUGCUCGAUGAGCGCCUGAUCUUCACGGAUUUCGCCACGAGGUUGUCAUGAGCAGAAUCCAACCCCGCAGGCUUGCCACAUUGCAUCUUGGGGGUCCAGACUCUCGGUGCUUCAGCGUUUAGCAUUUGCUUAGAAAACAGUGUGGUGAGUGUACAGCCGAUUUCGAUGCGGGCAAAAGCGCAAUCUAG